CUCACGUCGCCAUCUUCGCGAGUAUGGAGUCGUUUUUUCCCUAAUCUGGCCAUGCCCAGUCGCGUUUCUCCUCUCAUCUGCAUCAGCACAAACCACUCAGAUUGAGUUCAACGACCUGUAUCAUCUCAUCCCACCGGGAUCACGUACUGAUAUCAACUUUGUCUGGGGGGGAAUUUCUAUCAACAUCACACGUAGCACAAAGCCUCAGCUCUCACAACUCGGCCAAUGCCGGGCGCAAUUCAAUGGCUGCUCAAGCUCACAGACGCUCUCGCAACGGGUGCGGGACAUGCCGAACAGCCCGUAUCAAGUGCGACGAGGCGCGCCCAUUCUGCAAGCAGUGCGAGCGUCGUGGUGUUGAGUGUAUCGGAUACCAGAUACAUCUGAAAUGGGUUGAGAUCAGCGAUAUCAGCCCGGAUAGCCAAUCUGCAAGCAAGAGCGUCAUCAAGCCGCGAAGUUCUUUGACGAUUUGUUCAUCAAGGAAGUCGGCCACGUAUAGGAAAAAAGCUAUCCCCCCGACAUCCGUAGCACGCAGUCUGUCAGUGGGCCCGAAGCUUCACUCUUCAUCAGAUGCCUUCAUAUUCAGACACUGGGCCGACUCUUUGCCGGACCUUGUAUAUCCCAACCCUGAAGAAUACGCCAGCAUACGGCAACCAUAUCUUGCCUUCGUCUGGAGGGAGAAUUCUAUCCUUCUGCCAGCGAUUUUGGCAGCUGGAUCAGCUCAUCUUUACGCUCUUGGGAAGCUCAAACAUGCAGAAACUCUCGAGAGAAAACAAAGAGCACUCACCGCUAUGGUGGCAUGCGUAAAGCAGCCCAGGGCUAUCUCAUAUGGCCAGAUGCAGACGUCAUUUCCAGUAUAUCUAAGUGAAGAGGCAAUAGCAGCAUCAGCAGCACUUAUUGGCAUGGAGAUUAUGCAAGGAUCGCACACACCCUCAAUCAUCCCUCUUCUUCGAGGCCUCAAAGCGCAGAUUGAAGAAAGACACAAACUACGACAACGGGUGGAGGCAAGUUGGCAGAUCGAAAGAGACACACCGAUGAUGGCAGUGAACGUCAAGAUGAUGGCUUACAUUGACACCUUUUGCUGCGUACCCUGCGCGACACAUCCAGUCUUUGACCAACAGUCCUGGCGAGAUUUCAUCAUGCCAAAGUGUCAAGACUACUCUUUUGAUAGUGGUCCAGACAUCGUAUUCGGGUACUCGAUGCACAUCUUGCCAAUGAUCGGAGCAGCAGCCUCUCUCGUUGACGACUUCUUCAAAACAACAAUCACACCGGAGGACUUUGUCUCGUCUCGAUGUUACGUACUAGAGAAACUUGCAUCAGCCUGCCGAGAUCUUCCGCCUCCCCAGCAACAACCAGAUCCAGAAACCGAUCCAUCGGCCCCAUCAACAAGUCUCAAAAUCCGAGAUGCGAAUGCCUGCAUUGCAGCAGCUUUGGCCCACAGCCUGGCAACGCAAAUCUUCCUGCUCCGCGCAGACGAGGGUGACUCUAGCACCAUCAGAGCCGAACGUCCGACAAAACACCCCUUGGCGUUGGUCGAGCAGCUAUCCGAAGCCGUUGCCGCUGUCCCGCUCGACACGCAUGCGGCGACCAUGAUGGUUUGGCCCGUGUUUGUCCUCGGCUGCGAGAGCAUGGCGGUAAGCGCACGGCGGUAUGAGGUAGAAGCUCUAUUUGAGAAGAUCAUCGACAAGCAGAAGCUUCUCAACAUCUCGGUGGCACUCAAGAUGCUGCGGGGAAAUAUUUGGACGGGCGGUAUGACAAACAUUGUGAGCCCUGCGAGGAGUUUGUCUCCUGCAGAAGAGCAAUGUCGAUAUACGCAAAAUCAGUGGGUGAAGAUGUGUUGGAAAGAGCGGCUGCAGCUUUGUUCAGCAUAGGAAACCUGCAUGUACACUACAAAUUUGCAAUGACCGCAGAUCUCACGACUGCGCUCGAAGGAUCAAUACCUACAUGUACUCGUACGAGAUAUGAGCUAGAAGGCAGCAGGCGAUGAUGGAUUUUUGGCUAAUGAUGAUAAUGAUUCUAUCUAAAGUAUG